UAAGCCGGAGAGAAAAAAAUGUAAUGACCUCACGGGUUUCCGUAGUUUUAUUACAUAAGGAGUGUUACGUUUUGAUUCGGUUUAAGCAUUAUUUAAUUUGUUGUUGAACGUUCAGGAAUCGCAACAUGCUACUAACGUGGGUAUCACUUGUGUAUCUCGCGGUGCUGCAAUGCGCAUGCGCAUACAGAACUUACAGAAGUAAAAUUCCCAAUGGAGACUCCGUCCCGUACCCUUGCAAGCCAAAUCACGUGUGGAAGGGGGUGGGUCACAUUCAGGACGAGGGGACCGGGGUUCGAAACUCAUUCGGGUUGGAUUUUCAAGCCGCUGGACAUGUGUGGACAGAAGAGCUGUGUAGAAAAGAUUCAGACGGUGAUGGGAUGACCAAUGGUCAAGAGUUGGGUGAUCCUAACUGCACAUGGAAAGAGAACUCUAUUCCUACAAGAACCACUGGAUUAUCACACCCUGGCAUCUGUGACCCGUGGGACUCCCCGUCCUGCCUGGCUAAGCCCGUCACCCACCCGGUGUACAAGACCCAGGGGGACUGGAUGAGAGAGGAGUGUAAGGCCCAGGAGUUUGUUUGUGCUGCCAAAGAGGAACCAGGUGUGCAGAACCUCACCGUUCACCUGCUCAGCGACUCUCAAGUCCCGCAGAAAGAGACCACCUACAUGUGCCAGAUCUUCGACCUGGACAGCUUGAUCACACCUUGGGAUUAUCACAUGAUCGCCGUAGAGCCGGUGAUUGACAACGAUUAUGUGCUACACCACAUGGUGUUGUUUGGAUGCAGAGAUGAAGCAGAAGCCACCAACUCGUCAUUCGAGUGCGGCAUGGUAGCCUCCCCUAAGUGCCAGGAUUUUCUCAGCGUGUGGACGGUGGGUCUGUCCGGGGAUUGCAGCCACCCCGAUGCAGGGGUCAGGAUAGGGGUCAACGGGUACAAGAGGAUCGCCUUACAGGUCCACUGGAACAACCCGGACAAAAUCUCCAAUUGGACGGACAACUCGGGGCUGAGGCUAUUCUACACACCCAACAGGAGAACCUAUGACGCAGGCAUCAUGGUGACCGGCUCCGACAGCUUCGUGCUGCCCCCUAGACAGGCGUCUGUGAGCGUGAAAAGCACGUGCACGAAGGGCUGCACCAGCAAGUCGUUCGCGGGACCGAUUCACGUGACUACGGCCUGGAACCACAUGCAUUACGCUGGUGUCCAGAUGAAUAUACAGGUGUUUAGGAACAACUCACCCUUGCUGUUUCUAACCAAUGACCCGGUGUACAGUUACGAUAGUCCCCAAGUCUUCCAGUACACCGACAACCCCGUCAUUCUCCUGCCAGGGGACGAAAUCGUGACCACCUGCACCUACACCACGGCCAAGUUAGACCACUCAGUUUUACAAGGGGAUGCAACCUCUGACGAGAUGUGCUUCGGCUUUCUCAGUUACUACCCUAAAAAGAACGUGACGAAUAAGUUUUGUCUCACUGAAGGCCCUGAUUUCAGUUUAUGUGACAACAACCAGUGGGUAGAACGAGAAUGUCGAUACUGGGAGGGCAACUUUUACGAGCAGCUGUACCAGGACCUGGUGGUCAACUGCAAGCCGUUCACGCCCUGCCUACAGGAGUGUGUCCAGUUCAUCGUGCAGGCGACACAGAAGAAUGCUUGUCUACAGGGAGAUAACUUUGAAUUUAUAAAGAGAAACAUGCUCAUCAAGAGCGAAAGUGGUCGCGACAUCAUGGCCCUGAUGGCCUCAUGCUCAGUCAAAGUCUAUCUGGCCACCCACUCAGUGGCCAACACCUCGACCCCAGUCUCUCUGGCCACCUUGACCACCACACCCACCAGUGAGGGUGGUGUGGACACCGCUCAUCCCGUCAGUGCCGGAGGUCUGACAGUCAUCUUGGUGCCAGCUCUGGUACUCCUGCUAAGAGUAAACUGAAAACUGUCGUGUCGUUUAUUGACUUCAAAACACAUGUAAUCAUAUGCUCUUUUACCUGCACUUUCAGCACUAUUUGUGCUCCUUAUUGGUAUGAAUUUUUUGCUGCACUUUGUGAUAGCUUGGCACAAGAUUGAUUCCAGUUUGUACAUAGGGUCCAUUGUGUUAAUACUAGCUUCACCUUGUACAUCCAUCUCCACCACGUCAAAAUCCAAUCUAUAUAAAUUAUUCAUUUAG